AUGGCUUCUCGCAUGUCUUUCCAGUCCGGGCGCUUUGUGGCUUCGGCCUCAAGACUUAGUCCUUUCACCUCCUCUUCUCUGGCUUCUCGAAGCAGCCGUUUCUAUUCUUCACAACCGCCAAAGCCCCGUCGUAAUGACGAGGUCAAGUUCUGGCCUUUCGUAGUCGUCAUUUUGGUGGGAACUGGAGGCUAUGUUGCCCUUGUCAAUCAACGCAAUGGCCACGGCAGUCAAUAA